AUGAGAUUAGGGAACGCUAUUGCCACGCUGUGCCUAACGGCCUUCACAUCCGCAACCACCAACAAUAGCUAUACAAGCAACGAUCAAACACUAAAUGCCUUCAAUGACACUCACUUUUGUAAGCUGGAUAGAAAUGAUAAUGUCAGUCCCAGCUGUAAUGUGACUUUCAAUGAACUAAACGCCAUAAAUCAAAACAUCAGAGAUGAUCUAUCGGGUCUAUUGAAAUCUGAUUUUUUCAAGUAUUUCCGACUAGAUUUGUACAAACAAUGUUCGUUUUGGGACGCCAAUGAUGGAUUGUGCUUAAAUCGUGCUUGCUCCGUUGAUGUGGUAGAAGACUGGGAUAAACUGCCUGAAUACUGGCAACCCGAGAUCUUGGGUAGUUUUAAUAACGAUACGAUGAUAGAGGCGGAUAACGAUGAUGAUGAAUGUAAAUUUCUAGAUCAACUAUGUCAAACUGGUAAAAAACUUGCAGAUAUUGAGGAUACUAUCAAUUAUUGUGACAUAAAUGACUUCAACGGGAAGAACGCCGUUCUGAUUGAUUUAACAGCGAACCCGGAAAGAUUUACAGGUUAUGGUGGUAAGCAGGCCGGUCAAAUUUGGUCUACCAUCUAUCAAGAUAAUUGUUUCACGCUCGGUGAAACCGGUGAAUCAUUGGUCAAAGACGCAUUUUACAGACUUGUAUCAGGGUUCCAUGCCUCUAUUGGUACCCAUUUAUCAAAGGAAUACCUAAACACAAAGACUGGUAAAUGGGAGCCUAAUUUAGAUUUAUUCAUGGCAAGGAUCGGAAACUUUCCUGACAGAGUAACAAACAUGUAUUUCAAUUACGCUGUUGUGGCCAAAGCUCUUUGGAAGAUCCAACCAUACUUACCAGAAUUUUCAUUUUGUGACUUGGUUAAUAAAGAGAUUAAGAACAAAAUGGAUAACGUCAUUUCACAAUUGGACACAAAUAUCUUCAAUGAGGAUUUGGUUUUUGCUAAUGAUCUAAGUUUAACUUUAAAGGACGAAUUCAGAUCCCGUUUCAAAAAUGUCACAAAAAUUAUGGAUUGUGUGCAGUGUGAUAGAUGCAGACUGUGGGGUAAAAUCCAAACUACUGGUUACGCUACUGCCCUUAAGAUUUUGUUCGAAAUCAAUGAUGCUGAUGAAUUUACCAAACAAGACAUCGUUGGAAAAUUAACCAAAUAUGAAUUGAUUGCCCUAUUACAAACAUUCGGCAGACUAUCAGAGUCCAUUGAAUCUGUUAAUUUGUUCGAAAAAAUGUACGGGAAAAGAUUAAACGGUUCUGAAAACAGACUAACUUCUUUCUUCCAGAAUAACUUUUUCAGCAUCUUGAAGAAAGCUGGCAAAUCCAUUCGUUAUACAAUCGAAAACAUCAACACAACUAAAGAAGAAAAAGAAAAAGUUGAUAAUUCACAAUCACAUGCAUUUGACGAUUUGAGGAUGCCCAAACAAAAAAAAAGUGUGCCAAAAGCAGCCGCCGGCGUAGGAAGUAAAUGGAAAAAUGCUUGGGAAACUGAAACCAGUAACGUUUUAGAAGCAUUCAAAUUUAUUUAUAGAAGUUAUUUGGAUUUGCCCAGAAAUGUCUGGAGACUAACAUUGGGAAAGGCUUAUAAAUUUUGGAAUAAGUUUAUUGGUGUUGCCGAUUAUGUUAAAGAAGACGUUGAGGAGGCAAAUACUCAUAAACUAAAUAUACAAUGA